CCUUUGAACAAUACUUUCUUUAUGGAGAGAUUUUCUCGCUAACCGUCUUUCUUCUGCUCAACAUUGUCCCAUGUAGCGGUGACAAAACCAUGAAUGAAUGAACGAAUACGAGAAAAUUUUACUCUUGUUUUAGUUUCUCUUUCCUUUUUCUUAGCUUUAUCUAUCCCUUUCCUCUCUUUUUCUACCCCCCCCCUUUUAUUCAUCUUGUUCUUCUUCAACUUGUCUGUUCUUUUUCUUCUUUUUUUCCAUCUCGUAAAAUGUCAAGGAUAUGGAAAUGGUACAAGAGUUGCUUAUCUCUUCAUCCUGUCAAAACACAAGUUGUCAGCUCAGGUUUCCUUUGGGGCAUUGGGGAUGUUGGGGCUCAAUACAUCACCCAUUUCACCACAAACACACGCCUUCAAUAUAAAGAUUCAGAGCAAGAAUUUAUAAUCGAUUGGAAAAGAGUGGCUAUCACCAGUAUGUUUGGAUUUGGCUUUGUUGGACCGGCUGGACACUACUGGUAUGAAGGCUUGGACAGAUUUAUAAAGUUGAGGCUUCAACUACGACCAAAGUCGGUGAAAUUUGUUGCUGCUAAAGUCGCUAUGGAUGGCCUUAUCUUUGGCCCCUUUGACUUGUUCGUGUUUUUCUCGUAUAUGGGGCUUUCCACUGGUAAAAGUGUUCCGGAAGUGAAGGCUGAUGUGAAGAGAGAUUUUAUCCCAGCCUUGAUUUUGGAGGGUGGUAUAUGGCCGAUUGUUCAGAUUGCGAAUUUCCGAUAUGUUCCAGUGAGAUAUCAGCUCCUUUAUGUUAAUAUCUUCUGCUUGUUAGACAGUGCAUUUCUGUCAUGGAUUGAACAACAGAAGGAUGCUCCAUGGAAAAGGAGGUUCACUUCUUUUAUCUCAAUGAGGGAAAAGGGAGGUCAAGGUAGAUUGUGAUAUUUCUGCCCCCAUUUUUGUGUUUCCAUUAAUUUUCUCUUUACUCAAUCAUAUAUUUUGUCAAGUGUACAACUGAAUGAAUACUCAUGUACUUCUGAAAGAAUUAAAUGAAACAACCCUAAAAUGCCAACUGGGGUUUUAGAUGUUAAAAA